GAAAUUCACAAUAAGCAUUUCGCCCGUAACUUAAUUGAACAAAUGCUGAUCAAGAAACCUGAUGAAAGAAUUACAUCCGAAAAAGUUGUUAUUCAACUUCAAACCAUAAAAAUCAAACUUACCGAAGAAGAAGAAAAACUGCUUCGGUUGUGUGCACAACCUCGAACACCAGAUAAUAACAUAUUACCUUGGCCAUUCGCAAAUUCAAAACGAAUUAGGAAUGACAUCAAAUUUUUAAUGCAAUUUGGCAUCGACAUAAACGCAAAGGACAACAAUGGAAGUAAUGCGCUUCAUCUUUUGUGUAGAUAUAAUUCAAGCCAACACUUAAUCGAUGAGAUUAAACUCUUGAUCGAACUCGGCAUCGACAAAAACGCAAAGGACAACAAUGGAUGGAAUGCGCUUCAUCUGUUAUGUCUAUUCAGUUCAAGCCCACACUUAAUCGAUGCGAUUAAACUCUUGAUCGAACUCGGCAUCGACAAGGACGCAAAGAUCAACGCUGGAUGGAAUGCGCUUCAUCUUUGUGUUAUAACAAUUCAAGCCCACACUUAAUCGAUGCGAUUAAACUCUUGAUCGAACUCGGCAUCGACAAAAAACCAAAGGACAACAAUGGAUGGAAUGCGCUUCAUUAUUUGUGUCGAUUCAAUUCAAGCCCACAUUUAAUCGAUACGAUUAAACUCUUGAUCGAACUCGGCAUCGGCAAAAACCCAAAGGACAACGAUGGAUGGAAUGCGCUUUAUCUUUUCUGUAGAUAUAAUUCAAGGCAAGACUUAAUCGAUGAGCUCUUGAUCGAACUCGGCAUCGACAAAAACGCAAAGGACAACAAUGGGUCGAAUGCGCUUCAUCAGUUAUGUCUAUUGAGUUCAAGCCCACACUUAAUCGAUGCGAUUAAAUUCUUGAUCGAACUCGGCAUCGACAAAAACCCAAAGGACAACAAUGGAUGGAAUGCGCUUCAUUAUUUGUGUCGAUUCAAUUCAAGCCCACAUUUAAUCGAUGCGAUUAAACUCUUGAUCGAACUCGGCAUCGACAAAAACCCAAAGGACAACAAUGGAUGGAAUGCGCUUCAUUAUUUGUGUCGAUUCAAUUCAAGCCCACACUUAAUCAAUGCGAUUAAACUCUUGAUCGAACUCGGCAUCGACAAGGACGCAAAGGACAACAAUGGGUCGAAUGCGCUUCAUCUGUUAUGUCGAUUCAAUUCAAGCCAACACUUAAUCGAUGCGAUUAAACUCUUGAUCGAACUCGGCAUCGACAAAAACGCAAUAACUAAGGCUGGAUCAAAUGCGCUUCAUCUUUUGUGUCGAUACAGUUCAAGCCCACACUUAAUCGAUGCGAUUAAACUUUUGAACGAACUCGGCAUCGACAAAAACGCAAAGGACAACAAUGGGUCGAAUGCGUUUCAUCUUUUGUGUCUAUACAAUUCAAGCCCACACAUAAUUGAUGCUAUUAAACUCUUGAUCAAACUCGGCAUUUACAAGGACGCAAAGGAUAACGGUGGAUCAGAUGCACUCGAUUUGAGCCGGCGCAAUCCAAAUCUUACAAAGUGCAACGUAGACGAAAUCCUUAAACCGGAUGAGGUGCAAUUAUAACGAUAUUAAAGCUUUUCGCAAGAUAAACAGGCAAAAAAAGGCUGCGUUGCAACAGACUAGACUCUCGGCAAAAUACGGUUUAUAAUAGUUAGAAUAGACAGUGCGACGCACCACGUCAGCUGGAGUAUGCAGAAAACGAACCUUGUAACACAAGUGAAUAAAAGAGUUUGAGGAAACGUAACGAAAACUUCCGUAACUUGUCUGCGAAAAAACAAUCUACGAUUUCUGGGCCAACUGCAAAACGAACGACCACACAUCCACUAACACAACUCUGCUAUCGUUGGAAAACUCACUUUAGGAGAAACAUGAGGCAUCAGUCGAGUAAUUGUGUGCUAACUAUACGGGAAUAAAGGGCGACCCAGUUCUACAUCAACAGCACAAAGUCAAACGGUAUGCAAUGGCGGCAUCCUGAAAUCGACUCAACUUUGUUGUUAAUCCAUUUACUUAAUUUACUUUCACCUAAAAUAUUUUUUUGCCAAAUUCCGAGGAAAACGCACACCAAUCAAAAAAGGUAAUUCGAUCCUCCAUACAAUCUAACGUGCGCGCACAUCUCUUAAGUUUUGUAAAAUGUAAAACCCGAAUACAAAAACUAACCUGGAAAUGCACCACGUGAUCUUCAUCGAAAGUAGGUAAUCUGCUGGACACUACACACAUUUGAUAUUUAGACGCUUUCCGCUUUACACCCGGAGUUUUGAUGAUUGCAGCGUGGUCACCAAUGAGCUGACUUGUGGUCCAUCGUAAAUUGACGUGUAAAACAUUCCACCACUGAUGGACAAUCAGCUUUUGC